AUGACCCCAAAGGGUGUAUCCCUUAAUCCCAACUCCCGCAAAACUAAGUUUGCUCGUAGAUUUCUCUGUGCCCUCUCGCAAAUGAGAAACCCUAGACCAGUUUCCUCCUCCAACGACGAAGAAGUCCGUAAACGAAGCCACAAAAUCAAGAUCGCGGCUUAUUUGUCGAUGGCGCGCACAGUUGGGUCGAGGAGGGCUUGGAGCCGGGCCCUUCUUUUCAAGCUUCGAACCCGAGCAAGGCGCCACAAUAUGAUGAUCGGGAGGAGGUCUCUUUGCUUGAAGAAGAAAAGGGUCAUUAAGAAUGAUCCCCAAGGGGAGCUAAGCCAAACCAACAAGCUUAGACAUCUUGUACCAGGUGGGAAAACCAUGGAUAUGUGCAGCUUGUUGGAGGAGACAGCCCACUUUGUAACGUGUCUUGCCACCCAGGUUAAGGUCAUGCAGACUAUAGCCGAUCACUUUGAUAAAUGA